AUGUCUCGAUUGGCUUUGCAGACUGCAGUUCGGAGCUUAUGGCUUCUGCGGAAUCACGAGAAGGCGUGGCAACCUUCCGCAAUGGUAUAUAAAUCACUGAGAAGUUCUUGGCUUUAUCCAUGACCAUGACCACUUCAAAAUAAUUUUUUGAAUAGGCUCAAUUGUUUUGAGUCUGAACUGGAUAACUUUUUCUAUAUUUCUAUGUCAUUCUGAGAUUUACUGUAGAAUUUCUCUAUCUUAAAGCUUCAAAAGAGACUUUAUGACAGAACUUAUCAAAAAGAAAAAACGAAAUUUAUUUACGAAAUUUUGAAGAUUUCCGCGGCUCAAACUUCGUCUUCCGCCCGCUGGACGCACUCGAAGCCGCGAGAAUUGAAAAACAGAAUCCGAAAAGCAGGUUUCUUUUCUUGAAAAACUGUGAUUAUCAUUUUUCUUCAAAGUAUUGUAUAGCUGAUUCAUGGCUGGUUUGAGCCAUCGAAAAAGUGGUCCACACGAUAAUGCACGAGAUAGCGCCUGGCUCGUGGAGAGCGCAGACAGUACACGCCCCCUUAGCUUCUCAAGCUGGCCGUGAAUCAGCUUUAUCAUAGUUUCUGUAGUUUCCAAAUUCCACGCUAUUGCAUAAUUUCCUCGGUGAUUUACUUUGAUAGGAGGAAAAGGUUAUUAUAAACGCGUAGGGACGUUUUUGUAGGAAUAUCCGGAGUUUUCUAUGCAUUUUAUUCAAAUUGAAAUUGCAGAAAAGCUGGCGGAACCGAGAACAAUUGAUGUCGCUGAGGAUUUUAGAUCACAUAACUAUAAAGAAGAAGAUCUUCGACCGCAAGGAGGAAUGAUCGAGAAGAUCGUUGCCGAGCACAAGGUGGUCCAAUUCUCUACCCGAAAAAGGAUUGAACAAGCUUGAAAUUUUUUCUCAUUAUCUUGCGCGAAAAUACUUCUGGAUACUGAAAAUUUAGGAUUUUCUUCUGAUUAAGAAAAGUUCCAUGUACAGUUGACCUCUUAAAACAAAAAUCUCAGCCCGUAAGAGCUAAAAAAAUUUUAAGUUUCUUUCUCCUGAUCGUAUCUUCGGGGUUCCGCUCGAAACUUUUUAUCGCUCUAGAAGUUUUUCCAGAGCCUUGUUCAAUUUUUAGGAUAGCGUUUGGACAAUCCCGGGCAAAGUCGGAACAGUAGAUAAUGGCUAAUAAAAGAGAUAGGCUUAAAAAAGGCCGAAGAAAGACAUCAAAAAGGCAGCAAAGAGAGUCCCUUUAUCGAUAUAUGUACUUCCCUGUUUUCUAGAACUCUGAAGGUUCAAGAAAUGGUGGAAAAAGGAAGAGGCAGCAAAAAUGGUGCAUAAGAGCCGAUAAAAUGGCGCAAAAAGGCAGCGAAAAAGGAACCUUUGUCAUCCUAAAAGGAACAUUUCUACUAUGUAGCCUUUUUCCACCCUUUCCGACUUUGCCUUUUACAAAAAUAAAUAAGGAAUUUAAUCAGAAGACUUUUUUUAUUCAAUGCAUUUAAGGAACGAGGGACGAUUUUUUUGAUUCCUGGAAAGGACUCGCCGGCGCGCGAAAGCGUUACUCAGGCGUUGGUUCGUCUAGUCUCUAUCGGUAAGAAAACUUCCGAAAGAAAAAAUUGCCACUGUUUCCUUCCUUAUAACUCGCUCUUGACGCAAGUCGCGUAGCUGUCUCGUGACCACACAAAGGAGUUUGUUUCGUCCUGAGUUUGUAGCUGGAUUUGUGGAUUGCAGACGCGAUUUGUAUCGAGAAAGUAGUUGCGAAGUGCGCACUUUGUCUACAGGAGGUGUGAUUUUGCUUCUCAGUCUCCCUUUUUGUAAUACCCGGAGGCGUUUCGUGUACCUUUAUCAACAAUGAUUGAUGUCACCCGAGUCUUUUUUGCCGUUUCCAGGCGUCCGACCAGAAUUUCUUCUCGACGGCUGCGUUCAGAAGGCGGAGCUCUUCCGCGUUCUCACCACUCACGGCGAGUCUUCUCUCAAGGUUCUCGCUGCACUUUUCUGUGCCUCUAUGAUGAGCAACUUUCUGAAGAACAUUAAAAAUGAGAAAUAGUGAUAUGACAUGUUUUUGAAGUGUUAGAAAUUCAAAAAGUUAUGACGUUGCCGCGCAAAUGGCCAACGUGGAAACUCUCCGUCAUGUUUAAUCCUACUUUUAUUUGCAGAUCAUCAACACUCUUGUCUCCAUAGGAAAUCUCACCUAUGAAGAUUCUCUCAGGAUACUUUCCGAGUUCGUUUUUUUCUUUCUAAAUUUGCGAAUUUCUUACCUCAAUUUACCCCGUGACAACUCUCUUGGUCUUUUUUUUUCAUACUUCCAAAGCUUAUUUUUGGAUUUUCGACUCAUCAUUUCCGCUACUUUUUAAAACAGAAAAAGGGUGUUUAGGACUUUUAAUUAAAGGGACAGCAUUUUUCUGGACAUGAAUGGAUUAGUUAAGAAGAAGUUUGGUUGAAGUUACAAAUCACUCCUUUUUCGGAUUUGGUGGAGGAGUUUAUUCGUUUCAAUCGAGGUUCUUUUCAUUUUUGUCCUAUACUGCACCGCUUCGCCUUUUUCUCUUCACUAGGGAAAUUCUUAAUGCAUUGAUGGUUUUUCUAGUGUCUCUCUUUUCUUGUUCCCAGACGUUCGAAAAGCGCAGUUUCGUAAGUUUUUUGAGCUGUUCAUUGAAUUGCGAUAAUGCACAUAUAGGUUAUCAAAAACCUUUCAAGAUUUUUAUGAAUUUGUUUUCCGGUCGCGUUCAAAAGCCUUCACAGUUAGACUUGACAGUUGUGAUGAGGUGUUCCUUUUCUGGGCGACGCAAUAAGUGUCGCUAUGGUAAUAGGUGUUCGACCUUCUUACUAGCUUCAAUGUUUGCAAGUGUUUUGUCGAGAGUUGUACUUUCUUUCUAAAUUAAAUCAUCUUUUCAUGUUUUUUCGAUUUCUUCCUCAAGAGAUUUUUUAAGAUAUAAAAUAAACGCCCGCUGUACUUUUUUUCUGUCGAAUUGACGCAAAAUUUGAAGGUUUUCUGAAGAGCUCCUGGCGUGUAGUAACAACGGGAUUCGGGAACGAAUCGAGGCGAUCGUUGCUUCGGGAAUCUCGACGUCUAGAGAGCUUUCUCAUGCGCUUCGCAAAUGUCCUGCACUACUUUUUGCACGUGAACCCGCAGAAAUGCGCGGCCUUGCAGAGGGCAUUGGCGGCUUCUUUUCCAGAAGGCAGGUAAUUCUUUAAAAACUCACAAAGUUUUUGAUUUUGUGCUUUCUGUCAUCUUCCUCCUUUUCUUGAAAACCUUAGAGUUUUUCGAUUUUCUUCAUGAAGCCACAGCUCCAAGGCGAACAAGCCUCGAAAGCUGAUUGAAAUCGAAAAAAAUGUUUAGAACAAAAUGGUCUAGCCAACUUAGAUUAUCCUUUUUCAGAUUAUUUGAACUUUUGUCGUGAACAAUGUAUCAUGAUCUACCGUUCUAAGAAUCUUAGAAGCAUAUUGAACCAAUUUCAGAUCUCGUGAGAUUUUCCUCUCAAAAAUAGAAGAUUGUUCAGGCAUCGAAUAUGAUUGCUCGUUGUCCACAAAUCUUAUUGAAAAACAUCGAGGAAGUCGAGGAAAAGUACGACUACGUUUUCUAUCAGGUGCUUUGGGAAACUUUGACGAUUUCCGAAAACAACUGGAACUCAGAAUUUAAUUUCAAUGAGUCUUUCUGUAGAUGGGAGCGGAAGGCGAGGAAUUGAGUGAAUGCGGCGACCGCUGGAUCGACGGAAUGGACCUUCAGGAGAUGCAGACUCGCCACGUUUUCUUAGUUCUCACUGGAAAGUACUCACAGCCUGAUCCCAAAAGGCCGCAACUCAAAAUGGUUCUUUUUCCUUUUUUUGGCUUCUAGACACAGACUGAGUCAAUGAAAAAAAAAAUCGAAGGCUCUUUUAUUACAGGAAAACCCCAAGUUGAAAAAGAUUUUGAACACCUCUGAUGAGCAGUUCGCUGUUAAUGUGAGUUGUACUGUUUCUCAAAGAUCUCUUCUGUUUCUCUGCUAGGUAGCCGGAGUAACUAUGGAAGAAUACACAGUUUUCAAAGCAAUGCGAUUGAGACAAUUGGAGGUUGAAAAGAAGGUUGUUCACAAACAAAAAGUCUCAAUUAGGGAUUUUGAUUUUUCUUCUCCAGGAGCGCACAUACGAGAGAAUAAAGCCGUCGAAGCGGAAAGCGUAUGAACGGCGGCAAAAAGAGCGACCGGAGCUCCUGGAGCACGUUUUCGAUGUCGCCAGAGAUUCUUCGCUCUGA